GAGGGUCACACUGUUUGUAGAUGCAAAAUAAUGACGCUGACAUACAUCACAUCGAAUCGGACCUAUGAUGGAUAAUAAUGUAGAGCAAUCAGCAAAGACCCAAACAGCAGAUUCCACAGCAGCAACAUUCGCAGCCGUAUCAGCUGCAGGAGCCCCAGAAUCCGGAGCAAGUGUCGCGGGUCCAACGCCCGGCGCAAACCCUUCGACCUUUUGGAAAAACAGCGGGCGACGGGUGCCCGGACGGCCCAGUCCCAAGCGGGAGCUCGAAAAGUCCGCGGGAGUUGGGGUAGCGGUCGGACGAGGCGCUGCCCCCGGUACUGGCAUGGUGUCCACCUUCACCGAGUACCAGAAGUCGGUUAGCGAUGCCUGGGACAUGGGCGACGACGAGUUCUGCAUCAUCAGCAGCACGGAGGCGGCUGCUGCGGCGGCAGCUGGAGCCGGCGGUGAUGGCACUCGCUUUUCGCGGCAAGUGUCCCAGACGGUGGCGCUCAAUGUCAUCGAGACGCACUCGCGGAGCAACCAGAACCAUAACGCAUCUCAGCCUGCCAGCGAAUGUGGCGCGGACUCCAUCCAGGCCAGCAGGAGCUCGGCGGACGACAGCAAAGAAGACCGCAGAUCGCUGCCGGACAGCAACGAGAAUAGAUCGCGAAUGAGGAAUUACCCGGGAAGACCCCAACUGCAGAAGAUUAGCUCGAACUGCCAGGACAGCGAGUACGAGACGAAAAUUGAGAAGUUUCAGGUGGUGCUAGACUCUCCACAACUGGAUUUGGUGGCUCUCAAGCAGAUCAGUUGGUCAGGCGUACCGCGGAAGAUGCGCGCAGUCAGUUGGAGACUCCUUUCGAAAUAUCUGCCUCCUUCGAGCGAGAGGCGGAUGGCGGUGCUGGAAAGCAAACGGCAGGGAUAUCAGGACCUCAGACACAACUACUUCCGGGUCGAUAGCCAGGAUGAAACGCAGCAGGACACGUACCGCCAGAUCCACAUUGACGUGCCACGCAUGAAUCCUCAGAUACCACUCUUCCAGCAACAGCUCGUCCAGGAGAUGUUCGAGCGUAUACUGUUCAUCUGGGCCAUUCGCCAUCCUGCCUCCGGCUACGUGCAGGGCAUCAACGACCUGGUCACACCCUUCUUCAUUGUUUUUCUGCAGGAGGCUCUGACGCCUAACACGGAUCUAGAGAAAUACGACAUGUCAACGCUGCCCGAGGAGACGCGCAACAUCAUUGAGGCAGACUCGUUUUGGUGCCUCUCCAAGUUUCUCGACUGCAUCCAGGAUAACUACAUCUUUGCCCAGCUGGGCAUACAGGAGAAGGUUAACCAACUCAAGGAUCUGAUACAACGCAUUGACGUGAAUCUACACCGUCAUCUACAGGCGCAUGGGGUCGAUUACUUGCAAUUCUCAUUUCGCUGGAUGAACAAUCUGCUGACACGCGAACUGCCGCUGCACUGCACCAUUCGGCUGUGGGACACAUAUCUGGCGGAGUCGGACGGUUUCGCCCUGUUCCACUUGUACGUGUGCGCGGCAUUUCUUUUACAUUGGAAGGAGCAGCUGAUGCAACAGAACGAUUUCCAGGGUCUCAUGUUGUUGCUACAAAAUCUGCCAACGCACAACUGGUCCGAUCGCCAAAUCAACGUUCUGCUAGCUGAGGCGUUCCGCCUAAAGUUCACGUAUGCGGAUGCGCCGAAGCAUCUGGAGACAAAGAGUUGACAAAAGCAACGCAAACAACGCAUAUACGUAACUUAGAAGUUAGUUUAUUACGAUUUGCGGAAUAUACCUACACAAUACACGUACGCUACAUACAUCUAAUAAUUAUAUACAAUUUGUUAUUUAGCCGUUC